CGGUAACCGUGAGUUGUUUCCUUCUCAGUUCAGUGAAGCUCCGGUUCGGCAGAGGAAGUGUCAACAUUUCUGUUGUAAUGUCGGUACCAGUUGGUCUCUGUGAGAUUUUCUUCAGCCGUUCAGGAUUUUGGACUUUUCUCUUCUUCGUGGUUCUGCUCUGGACGCCUGUUAAAGGGAGCCUCCGUCUGAUUGGUUCCUCUCAGCCAAUCGUAGCUGCGCCUGGAGAUGAUGUCAUCCUCCCGUGUCGUGUGGAUCCUGAGUGGGACGCCGUGGGGAUGACGGUGGAGUGGUCCCGACCGGACCUGAGGCCGUCCGGCCCUCAGAAGCGUGUGGAGUACGUGUUCGUGUACCGCUUCAGGAAGACGGACCGAGACAUGAUGAUGGACACGUACAUCCAGCGGACGUCUCUGUCCCAGGACGGCCUGCGGCGAGGAGACUUGUCUCUGACCAUCCGGAACGUCAGCCUGCAGGACCACGGCAGGUUCCGGUGUUUCAUCCCACGCCUCGGGAUCGAAGCAGAACUUCUGCUUGUUGUUGAUCCAAACGUUGUUUCUACAACGGCAACAGAGACGGUUCUUCCCAGAAGCCUCAUCAUCACUCCGACGCCACAGGAGGAGGAAACCAGCAGCAACGGGAGCCUCCGUCUGAUUGGUUCCUCUCAGCCAAUCGUAGCUGCGCCUGGAGAUGAUGUCAUCCUCCCGUGUCGUGUGGAUCCUGAGUGGGACGCCGUGGGGAAGACGGUGGAGUGGUCCCGACCGGACCUGAGACCGUCCGGCCCUCAGAAGCGUGUGGAGUACGUGUUCGUGUACCGCUUCAGGAAGACGGACCGAGACAUGAUGAUGGACACGUACAUCCAGCGGACGUCUCUGUCCCAGGACGGCCUGCGGCGAGGAGACGUGUCUCUGACCAUCCGGAACGUCAGCCUGCAGGACCACGGCAGGUUCCGGUGUUUCAUCCCACGCCUCGGGAUCGAAGCAGAACUUCUGCUUGUUGUUGAUCCAAACGUUGUUUCUACGACGGCAACAGAGACGGUUCUUCCCAGAAGCCUCAUCAUCACUCCGACUCCACAGGAGGAGGAAACCAGCAGCAACGGUCACUGGACCAGAUUCCAUCUUUGCCUGAUUGUUUUUUCAUUCUUCAUCAUUUGUAUGGCUCUGAUUUCCAUUUGCAUCUUUAGGAAAUGCCGACAAAUGCAGAAAGCUUUUCGUCGCCCAAACCUUCGGAUCGACACACGGAUCGGUUCUGCAGAGGAACCAGUUCUGUUCCCAGACCAGAACCUGAACCUGGUCUAGCUGCUUGGAUCCGGAUCAGGAACAAAAUUUGACGUUUGGUUGUUGCAAUUGUUCAAAAUUCAGUGAGUGAAAUGUUUACCAGGGAUCACUGUCAUUUUGUUGUUGUUUUUGCUGAUUUCCAUUUUGUUUUUCUAUUAAUAAAAAUAAAAACUUUAAUGAAAAUAAAAACUUCAGAUAUUAAAGGGAAUAAAUACGUUUUUUUUUUGUAACGUCGGGUUUUGUUUAGAAACCAGAACCUGUUUGUGUUUCUCUGAGUGAAAGUUGAGGGUUGGAAACAUUUCCUGUGUUAAAUCUGAUAAAAUAACUGAAGUUAGCAGCGGCUGAAGCUGCGACGCGUCUGAUAGGUCCUGCAUCAGAGCCACGCCUCAAACUGCUGACUUUUCAUUUCUGACCUCUUUAGUUUGAAUGUUUUACUGGCUCAACUUUAUAAUGAAUGCUCAGUCUCUGUACAUUCCAGGAUUUUUAUUUAUUGAGCUAUUUGUUACUUAUUCAAAUAAAAUAUUAAAUAUUUCAGUGA